GAAUGGGUUUAAAUGUCUUAUCUCAAUAGACAGCUAGCUAGUCAUUCUAACACCAGACUUUCUUCAGCCAACAAGGAGGACAGUUAGCUAGGGUGCACAGAAAAAUCAGAAGAGCCACAUGCACUGAGGUAGACCACAGUACCCAGCUAGAUCAAAUUACGCGGAUUGAAGAGAAGACCGAACUGCCAGUGACAGUCAAAAGCGCCACACCAACACCCAUGCUAAUGUCAGAUAGCCACUGAACAUUAGCUGGGAGACUUUAAAGCCUCAGUGAUUCACGCGUUCUACUGUAGACUUGAGACCGUAAGAUGCUGCUGCACGUUGGAGGUAUGCGUUCGGCCCUGGGGCUACUGGCUGUCAGGAGGGCAUGCUGCCUGUCCCGCACCACCCACAACUCCCCUCAGACACUGGAAUACAAGCCCAUCAAAAAGGUCAUGGUGGCCAAUAGAGGUGAGAUUGCCAUCCGUGUGUUCCGGGCGUGCACUGAGCUGGGGAUCCGGACAGUGGCUGUCUACUCUGAACAAGACACCGGACAGAUGCACAGGCAGAAGGCAGAUGAGGCUUACCUCAUAGGGAAGGGCCUGCCGCCCGUGGCUGCCUACCUGGACAUCGCUGACAUCAUCAAAGUUGCUAAGGAAAAUGAUGUUGAUGCAAUCCACCCUGGGUAUGGCUUCCUGUCUGAGCGAUCAGACUUUGCUCAGGCAUGUGUCGAUGCUGGGGUACGCUUCAUUGGCCCUUCCCCUGACGUGGUGCGCAAGAUGGGAGACAAGGUGGAGGCUCGAUCCAUCGCUGUCCGUGCAGGAGUUCCAGUUGUACCAGGGACAGACGGUCCCAUCACUUGCCUAUCGGAGGCCCAGGAGUUCUCCAACACCUAUGGCUUUCCCAUCAUCUUCAAGGCUGCAUACGGUGGUGGGGGCAGGGGCAUGAGGGUGGUCAAAGAGUACGAGGAGCUGGAGGAGAACUAUCAGCGUGCSUACUCUGAGGCCCUGGCUGCGUUUGGGAAUGGUGCUCUUUUUGUGGAGAAGUUCAUUGAGAGACCCAGACACAUAGAAGUGCAGAUCCUGGGUGAUAAGUAUGGUAAUGUUAUCCACCUGUAUGAGAGGGACUGCUCUAUCCAGAGGAGGCACCAGAAGGUYGUAGAGAUCGCCCCGGCUGUACAACUGGACCCACACCUUCGGGACAGACUCACCGCUGACUCUGUCAACCUGGCCAGACAGGUGGGCUAUGAGAAUGCUGGCACGGUGGAGUUCCUGGUGGAUAAACAUGGAAGGCACUACUUCAUCGAGGUCAACUCCCGCCUACAGGUGGAGCACACCGUUACCGAGCAGGUCACAGAUGUGGACCUGGUUCAUGCUCAGCUGCGUGUGUGUGAGGGGCGUAGCCUGCCAGAGCUGGGCCUGAAGCAGGAUAAGAUCCGGAUKAAUGGCUUCGCCAUCCAAUGCCGUGUGACCACAGAGGACCCUGCCCGCGGCUUCCAGCCUGACACUGGACGGCUUGAGGUAUUCCGAAGUGGCGAGGGCAUGGGCAUCCGUCUGGACAGUGCCUCUGCAUUCCAGGGAGCCAUCAUCUCCCCCCACUACGACUCCCUUUUGGUUAAAGUCAUUGCCAGCGGGAAGGACCUGCCUGCCGCCGCCGCCAAGAUGAACAGGGCGCUGGCGGAGUUCCGUGUCCGCGGGGUCAAGACCAACAUCCCCUUCCUCCAGAACGUUCUGAGUAACGAUCAGUUCCUGUACGGCACCGUUGACACCCAGUUCAUAGAUGAGAACCAGGAACUCUUCAACCUCAAGCCGGUCCAGAACCGAGCCCAGAAGCUGCUGCACUACCUGGGUCAUGUGAUGGUAAACGGACCCACCACUCCCAUACCAGUGAAGGCCAAGCCCUCAUCUAUCGAUCCUGUGAUCCCACCCAUUCCUCUGGGUGAGCCUCCGGUUGGGUUCCGUGAUGUCCUAUUGAGGGAGGGUCCAGAGGGCUUUGCCAAGGCAGUGCGUGCCCACAAGGGUCUGCUGCUCAUGGACACCACCUUCAGAGAUGCCCACCAGUCUCUCCUGGCCACCCGUGUCCGCACCCACGACCUCAAACAGAUCGCCCCCUUCGUAGCCCACAACUUCAACAACCUCUUCAGCGUGGAGAACUGGGGAGGUGCCACCUUUGAUGUGGCGAUGCGUUUCCUGUGUGAGUGUCCAUGGAAACGGCUGCAGGAGCUGAGGGCUCUGCUGCCCAACGUGCCCUUCCAGAUGCUGCUGAGAGGAGCCAACGCUGUGGGCUACACCAAUUACCCCGACAACGCCGUGUUCAAAUUCUGUGAGGUGGCCAAGGAGAACGGCAUGGACAUCUUCCGUGUGUUUGACUCUCUGAACUACCUUCCCAACCUGAUGCUGGGUAUGGAGGCUGCUGGGGCUGCCGGGGGCGUGGUGGAGGCCUCCAUCUCCUACACAGGGGAUGUGUCUGACCCAAUGAGGCAAAAGUACUCUCUGGAGUACUACCUGAAGCUGGCUGAUGAGCUGGUCAGAGCUGGAACACACAUACUGAACGUCAAGGACAUGGCAGGGCUGCUGAAGCCUGAGUCCAGCCGCAUGUUGAUUGGUGCUCUGAGGGACCGUUUCCCAGACAUGCCCAUCCACGUCCACACCCACGACACGGCAGGCGCCGGCGUGGCUGCCAUGCUGGCGUGUGCCGAGGCCGGGGCCGACAUCGUAGACGUCGCUGUGGACUCCAUGGCUGGGAUGACAUCACAGCCCAGCAUGGGAGCUAUUGUUGCCUGCACCAAGGGAACCAAUCUCAGCACAGGGAUAUCCCUGGAGAAUGUUUAUGACUACAGUGAGUACUGGGAGGUUGCUCGCGGGCUCUAUGCACCCUUUGACUGUACAGCCACUAUGAAGUCUGGCAAUGCUGAUGUGUAUGAGAACGAGAUCCCUGGAGGCCAGUACACCAACCUGCACUUCCAGGCUCACAGCAUGGGCCUGGGGCACAAGUUCAAGGAGGUGAAGAAGUCCUACACAGAGGCCAACAAGCUGCUGGGUGACCUCAUCAAGGUGACCCCCUCCUCGAAGAUUGUGGGUGACCUGGCCCAGUUCAUGGUGCAGAACUCUCUGACAAGGGCAGAGGUGGAGGAGAGGGCUGAUGAGCUCUCCUUCCCCCUCUCAGUGGUGGAGUUCCUGCAGGGUCACAUUGGCAUCCCACACGGAGGCUUCCCUGAGCCCUUCAGGUCCAAGGUGCUGAAGAAUAUGCCACGUGUAGAGGGCCGCCCGGGUGCCUCUCUGCCCGCCAUGGACUUCCAGGCCCUAYAGAAACAACUGCGAGAGACGCACGGAGAUGACAUCACUCCUGAGGAUGUGAUGUCAGCAGCCAUGUACCCCAAGGUGUUCCAGGAGUUCAAGGAGUUCACCCAUCAGUUUGGCCCUGUAGACUGCCUCAACACACGCCUGUUCCUCGAUGGACCCAAGAUCGCUGAGGAGUUUGAGGUGGAGUUGGAGCGAGGGAAGACCCUCCACAUCAAAGCUCUGGCCCUGGGAGAUCUCAACAAGGCUGGCCAGAGGGAGGUGUUCUUUGAGCUGAACGGAGCACUCAGAUCUGUCCUGGUCAAGGAUACAGUGGCCAUGAAGGAGAUGCACUUCCACCCCAAGGCGCUGAAGGAUGUGCGUGGCCAGGUUGGGGCUCCCAUGCCGGGUAAGGUUGUGGAAGUGAAGGUGAAGCAGGGCCAGACGGUGGAGAAGGGCCAGCCUCUGUGUGUGCUCAGCGCCAUGAAGAUGGAAACAGUGGUCAACUCUCCCCUCUCUGGCACCGUGGUCAAGAUCUACGUCAACGCCGACAGCAGCCUGGAGGGAGACGACCUCAUCCUGGAGAUCACCGAGUAGGACAGGAACCAUUCAUUUGAGCACAACCUUAACCCCUUCAGUCGCACACGCUAAAGUACAAUUCCAACUGUUGAAAAGAGGCAGGCAGGAGAAAAGAGGCAGGCAGGAGAAAAGAGGCAGGCAGGAGAAAAGAGGCAGGCAGGAGAAAAGAGGCAGGCAGGAGAGAAGUGUAUCUAUUUUUGAAAUUCUGGAGAAAAAAAAUAUAGUAUGAUUGUAAUCAAUUAAUGAACUAAUGUUUGUUUAUUGGAGCGCUUCCUGUGGUGAUUGCACUUGUGAUAUGUACGGUAAUCCACUGUCACUUUAGAAACUGAAAAGUACAAUCAUUAACCAUUAAUCAUGACUUGGAAGGGAAUUAAAUCUAGGAGUUUUCAUAUUAAUAUAUUCAUGUUAAUCAAUAUACUUCAUUCUCUAACGCUUUCCUGAAGAGUUAUAUUGCUGAGGCUAAGCCAAUAUGAAGAUGAAUGAUGCAAUAAAUAAGUGUAAAGCAAUUGAUAAGCCGUUGACAUUCUGGGAUUUACUGUAAUAUAAACUCUUAAUCUUGGCUAAUCAAGUUUUAAAUUGUACAGUACCCUUUAGGCCAUCCCUGUACAAGCAUCACCUCCAUGAGUGUCAUCAUCUGAUAUGUUUAAAUAGAAAAAUGAAAGUUAACAUCAAUAAACCCAGGGUCGUUACAGUAAUAAUAUAGGUGUUCAAGCAUAAAAAGUGUUUCCAUCCUGUCCUCUCACUCACUCUUCCCUCCAUCUCACUAUAUUGACUGGGUAAAGAUGUUCUAAGCAUCUGCUCUCAUCACUGAUCACGGAUCACUGCAUUACUUUCAUUCAUUUUCCCCAACCCAUUAUAAAGAAAAAAUAAAGCUUUUACUGUAGAUUUCCUUUGCAUCUGAAAGUGGAUAGCCUAUGAAUUUUUGAAGCACAAGUGACUCAGUUGACCAAAACUCUUCUUUUAGACACUGAACCUAAAAUAAAAAAUGUUUUGACCAACUACCUUGCUUUGUACAUGAACGCAAAUAUACUUGAUAUUCUGAUACAAGCUUGAUAUUUUGGCAACUUGCUGUGACUUUUUAAAAUAGAAAUAAACCCUACUUAACUGGACAUAUGUAGUUAUUCUGGUACUCAUUGGGACUGACUGGACUCUAGUGAGAUUUACAGGUUGUAGGGGGUAGUUUCAUGUUCUCAAUCUGUGGUAAUAGAUUACUAAGGGGCUCUAGUAUUUAGAAUACAUAUGUUUACUGUGCAACUUUCUUGCCCCAAGCGUUUUGUUGUUUUGCUUAUUAGUCCCCCCCCCCCUCCCCUAAUUGUAAACUUUGCUUGUUAGACCCCAUAGGAACUUGACCCAAAUAACCGAUGACAAAAUAAUUGGUCUAUGUUUUCAGUGUAGAGAUUAAAAGUAGUUGAAUGUUACUUCUGUACAUGGUGUGUCCUUGCAGUACAUGAGGCUACUGUGAGUGCUAGUGGGUGUUAAUUGUUUUGUCAACUGUCAUGGUAACCACUUUGUGUGACUGUUUACAUCUGGGGUGUUGAUAAUCAUAAGCACACUAGGCAUUGUCAUAUAAUGCAGUAUUUGUAGUGCAAAGGGAAAUGUUAUUGAUUUUUAAUUUUUUUUUACAUGAAAAAUCAUAGCCUUGUCAUGAUUAAGUAACAUCUAUGAAAUUACAAAUCAUCUCUUGAGAAUUGUUUAACAAAACCUGUUGUAUCAAGCCACAGUAAUCAGAUGUUUCUUACUCUUAUAACUCCUGUAUGUGAAACAUGGGACCUAAGCCCAGUAAUGCAACAAUUAAAGAAUGCGACAUUGGUACUGUGCGUAAAAUAUAAUUUUUGCGUGCAGUACGCACAGUUAUCUAAGUCAAGUAGGAGACUUCUACAUAGGAAAAACAAAUGUUAAUGAGCUUUAUAUGUAGAUGUCUUGUAAGCGUUAACAUUGCUAUUCAACAUAUCGGUAGUAAUGUCAUUUGUAUUGUAGAAUCUUGCUGGGGAUCUGUGGCAUUUGUCAUCCUUCCAUCAUUCUCAUGUCUGUUAGUUUUGAUGAUCAGUUUUAAAAUAUGCAAAUACUAAUUCUGUGUAACCUCAUGUUCUUUUCAAUGUGACAGAACUUUGAAAGAAAUUAAAAGAGCAUUACAGAGUUG